AUGCUUAUCAGAACUGUACCUCCCAACGUCAAAAGCCUCUUUCCGAAAGAAAAUCUCGACUUUGCUGAGAGUAUUACUGAGGAUGAGGGGAAGCUAUUAAGAGAGGUCUUCAACAAACACGAUUCAUUUGAAGAGAUUGGUGAAAUGAUCGAAGCUGUUUGGCAACAGAAUCCCGAACUUGCCGGUAGGAUGCGAAAAGUACUUGACGGAAAUAUUGCAAGACUAAAAGGACUGAGCCCAGAAGCUGUCGACUACAGCAAGAGGAUAGUAGCGUUCGUAACCCAUGUGAUGAGUUCGUUGUCCCUUGGUAAGGAUUACUGCCUUGAAACUGCUGAACGACUUCAUAAAGAGUUUCAGACCCUGUCUCAGGAAGAUCAAGAAGCAUUGAGAAGGGCAAAUCCAGAUGUACAUUUUUGA